AUGGUAGCAGAAACCAAACUAUACAACAGUCUGGGCAUCCAACCCGACGCUUCUCAAGAUGAAAUCAAGAAAGCUUACAGGAAAAUGGCCCUAAAGCACCACCCAGACAAGAACAAAGAUAACCCGGCCUCGGCAGAGAAAUUCAAGGAGGUAUCGCAGGCCUACGAGAUCCUCUCGGACCCCGAGAAACGAAAGACGUACGAUCAGUAUGGCCUCGAGUUCAUGCUCCGCGGCGGCCCGCCCCCGCCCGAACCUGGCGCGGGCGGAAAUCCUUACGCCGGCGCAGCGGGCGGUAUGCCUUCUGGGUUUAAUUUUGGGAAUAUGCCAGGUGGCGCGGGAGGUGGUAGGGAUUUUCACUACGAGUUUAGCACGGGCGGCCCUGGUGGUGGAGGAUUCUCGUUCAGUAACCCGGAGAGUAUAUUCUCUGAGUUCUUGCGGGGCCAGACGGGCGGUAUGGGCGGUGGUGCGGAUGGGUUUGAGGAUCUAUUUGGCAGUGGGGGAUCGAGGAGGAGUAGUGGGAGGAGUAGGACUGCGUUUGCGGGUGCGGAACCGGCUGGUGUGAGGAGGGCUCAGACGCCUGAGGUCACGACUGUGGAGCGACCGCUGCCGUUGACGCUGGAGGAGCUAUUUAAGGGGACGCAUAAGAAAAUGAAGAUCAAGCGGAAGGCGUUCGAUGAGGUUACGGGGAAGAGGACGACACAGGAUAAGGUGCUGGAAAUGGAUAUCAAGCCUGGACUUAAGAAGGGCUCCAAGAUCAAGUUCAAGGGUGUUGGUGAUCAAGAAGAAGGCGGUCAGCAAGAUCUCCAUUUCGUAGUCGAAGAGAAAAAACACCCUCUCUUCACCCGCGAUGGAGACGACAUCCACCACACCAUCGACCUCGAACUCAAAGAAGCCCUCACAGGCUGGAAACGAACCGUAACAACCAUCGACGGCAAACAAAUCAACAUCGAGAAAGCCGGCCCCACACAACCGGGCAGCAAAGACAGCUACCCUAACCUCGGCAUGCCGUUGAGCAAGAAACCAGACACCAGGGGCAAUUUCGUCAUUACUUAUAAUGUGAAAUUCCCCAUUAGCUUGACGCCAGCGCAGAAGACGAAGUUGAAGGAGAUUUUGUAG